CUCAUCAGUAACUUGAACAUAAACAAGAAAUCAACAAUCCAACUCUUCACUUACCAGUCUAUACUCUUGAAUCCAUCAAUAUGCGCUUCUCCAUCGCCCUUGCUGCCACCUCCCUCCUCGCCCUCACCGAGGCCCGCAUCGUCGGAAUCAGUGUCCCCAAGACCAUCAAGCCCGGCGAGGACUUUGAGGCCAUCAUCAUCAGCGAAAACUACAUCCAGAGCGUCUACGACGUUGCUAUCGCCUUUGGCUACUCUCCCGGCAAGGGCUUCCCUGGCUCCCUCGGUCAGGUUGCCGACUCUUUCUAUCUCGGUCCUGACGAGUCCAACCAGCUCCACAACUUCAACAAGACCGUCAAGAUCCCCGAGAGUGCCGUCAAGGGAGAAGGUCUUGUCACUGCCUCCCUCUUCAGCCUGUACGGCGCCUCUAGUGGUCCCACCCUCAGCAACUACAAUGUCUCUGUUACCUUUGGAGACGAGACCAGCAAGGAGUACAAGGCUAGCAACAGCCAGUAAAGGGGUACCUCGCAUGGAAUAGGACAUGGAAUCACAUAGCAUCUCCAGGAUACCUAGGGAGCGACAGCGUACAUAUUUUAGCCUGCAUCAAUUUGCACAUAGUAGCGCUAUAGAAAUGGUUUAUGAAUAAGUAUUAUCUCUAUCUAAGUAGGGUAUCACUCUAUGAAAAAGACACUAGCAUGAACAU